CAGAGCACCUCAGUCCAGAGGAAGCCAUAGUCCAUAAUAACAGAUUACAGGUACAGCUUGAAGUCGUGAAGCCUGUUGACCUUUGAUCUUCUCUAGGUCCCUGGUGUCUCCUUUUCAGUAAAAGAACUAGGAGUCCUAGACAGCUUUCCAGAGCUCUUUGAUGCAGAUAGAGCCUUAACUUUGGAUCCCAGGACAAGAGCAUCUCUUGGACAAAGACCAGCUGCUGACAACCUCCUCUUCAUCAUCUGAUCUACCUUGUUCCCUUUAAGGAAGCUCAGAAGCUAUCAUGGCCACCCCACAAAGGGUAGAAUUUCCCAGAAUCUUUGGUGUUUGUGAUUCUCUACAAAUGGUGUGGGUCCUGAAAGAAAAUUCAUUAAUAGCAACUCCUUUUAGCAGAAAUGUCAAACCUGUCAGUCUUGAUUUAACAACAUGUACAGACAAAGAAUUCCAUGAUGCAGGAAAAGGCAAUCCAGUUUACUUGGGAAUCAAGGGCAACCAUCUCUGUCUCUUCUGUGCAGAAAUUCAGGGCCAGCCUUCUCUGCAGCUAAAGGAGAAAAAGAUCAUGGAUAUGUACCGGGAGAAGAAAGCACAGAAGCCGUUUCUCUUUUUCCAUAGUAGGGAGGGUUCCACCUCUGUCUUUCAAUCUGUUUCCUAUCCUGACUGGUUCAUAGGCACUUCCAAAAUGGAAGGACAUCCUGUCAUUCUCACCAAGGAGAGGGGCAAAAAUCACAACACUAACUUCUAUUUAGAGCCUGAGGACUUACCUCAUCCUGAGAUGUGAGUGGCUGAUUCCAGGACAGAGGAUCAAGUAGUCCAAGAAUCUUCCAUUCAGAAAUACAAUGGGUCAUCUUGAGAGACCAACAUGCACUGAUACCCAUCCAUAUCCACCUCAUUCUCAUCUUCCCAAACCACCUCAUCCUUUAGACAUCAUUUCUGCACCAUGUCUUUCCACCUAAACAUCAUCCCAAUAUGAAAUCUGAGUCACUUUUUAUUCUUUCCUGAUCUUGUCCCACCAUCCACCAACUGCCACAUCCAGUUAAGUCAACAUCCAAAAUGCUUCCUGUACACCCCUCUCUCUUUUCCUUUUGAGAACCUAUGGCCUAGAGAUGUGAAUUCCAAAUAUUUUUGUUCAUACAACCCUAUCAAAAAGAGUACUAUUUGUUAAUUCUCUGCAUGUUUAUUAUAAAUAUCAUGAUAUGUAUU